UAUUCUCUCGAGCACUCACAGUCAACUCACGAAUACAUCACCUGUCUUACAGAUCCUGUGCAAGACAUGCUCAGUCUUCGUGAGACAACCUGAACACUGCAAAACACCAAACACGACGACGCGAUGCCGCCCGCAGGUGAUAUGAACAUGGCGAGGGAGCUGCAGGCCGAAUUUUCUCGCAAAGGCGGCGGCGGUCGACCCAGCCGGCCUAGUAGGCCACGACAGCCGAUCAACGAGACACGAAUCCCGUUGCAGCCUGUCUGGGCUCCUCAAUCUCCUGCUGCCCGUCAGCCUGUCCGCUCAUCAGCAUGGGCAGGACCACUGCUCACUACCGCAGACCAAGCAAGACGCCAAGAACCUGUGCACUCAGCAACGACUACCUCUUCGGCAGGCUACACGACAAGGGGUUCAGGUCCGGCAGUAGCCACGAACAACGCGAAACCUGCCACGCAAACUGGAUCCAGCACGGACUUUCAAGCACACCCACAGACACUCUUCUCCUACAACGACCCAUCUUUUAUGUCCGCCAAUACAACAGCAUGGGGUAUCCCGGGCCCUGGCAAGGAAGCCGAGCAUCACACGUCGCGACCACCUCUACGUGCUACAACCAAUCUGACCCCUACAGCACCUGUCUUCAAGCCGCAAACGGUGGACAGCAGCGCCAUGUCUGUUGAUUCAGACUAUCCUACCUUAGCAAACAGCCUCACCGUAACCUCGGGCAUAUCGGGCUACCCCAUGGUUCAGGCUACUGAUAAGCAGAAAAAACAAGCUGGCACCGCUCCCAAGAUUGUUCAGAGUGGACUGCUGAGCGGGCCAGGUCUCAGCAGCUCGAGAUGGGCCUGAUAUAGCAUUCGACCG